CCGCCCGUGGCCGCGCGCGUGUCCGCGGCAACUCGCGAACGCGCGAGCUGUCGAUCGCGGUUGUCCGAACGAGCGAGACAUGAUGAUUUCCCGAAAAUUUCCGCGGGCACACUGAUCCGUAAUCGAUCAGGAGAGCGGAGCAGCGACGUGCUGCGGUUCUCUUUCUCUUUCCCUCUCGUCACCUCGAGAGGCUUGAUCGAUGUGUCCCUCCCCCCCUGGGAUCCUUUUUUUUCGCGUGAUUCUCGGGGGGAAAUGUCGGCGGUCUCUCGUGGAAGUUGCUUCGUGAAACAGAAAAGAAGACAUACCUAUUGAAAUCAUUGAAAUAUGGCAUGAACGCGCGAAAGAAGCGCGGGCGGUAUUCCGCGGCGGUGUGAACUAUUUAACUUCCACGCGCAGAAGAGGGAGACGCGCAAUUCCGAUUGUCGUUAACUGUAGAAAAAGUGCGAAGAUCGGAUAAGAGCAAACAAAAGUUUCGUUGCACCGUUACAAACAAGGGUUAAUUCAUCGUUGUUAUUAACGGUCAUCAAUUGAUACCAUUACAUUGAGCUUUAACUGGACGAUCGGAGGGAAUGUUAGAAUUUAUUGUCUUUAAAGUAUUCCACACGUAAUAUAUUUGUUUGCUGGGUUUUAUGUUGGCUAUGGUGUUUAUCUGUCAAAAAUUUCAGUAUAUGGCACCUUUACCAGAAUAUGGAUUAUUAGAAGCUAGACAAGAGAAAAUUCUUAACCAAUUGGCGGAACUCAAAAAGCAAGUCUCUACAUUAUGCCAUUUCUUGAAACAGUCUAAUCAAAUGGAAGUGAAACAAUCUAAUCAAACAGAAGUGAAAGAUUCUGUAAAAGUCCAGAAACCAGUUAUCGGCCACGUAGUACUGAAUGUCAAUCCAAGAAAACCGCCAUAUUCAAUACUGGCUCUGCAGAAACUUUGGAAAGACAUCCAGUUUAAUGUGACAUUGCAUACUCAUUCUACUAUGAAAGAUGAAAUAUCUAUUAUUUUUCCUAAGCGGAUUCUUCCUUCUACAAAAGCUGCACAAUUUAUAACAUUAAUAUGGAAAGAUGUUCCGGACAUGGAGACAAUUGUAAAUACGUAUUCCUGUCCCAUAAGAGGUGAAGUUAAUUUUCUUAGAUUAAUGAGCAGAUUGAUAGAAUCGCACAAUUACGAGAGCACGUGCUCGCAACCACAAACAUUGGACUUUGCGCUUGACUUCACCAAUUUUUUACACAGUCAGAAAUGUAUAAAAGAUGGAUUGAUUACAUUAGCCAAUGAAUUUGAGAAAUGGUCUUGCAAGGGUGGAUUCAAUAUUGUAGAUAUUGCAGUGUGGUCUCUAAUUAAACAAUUUCAUGAAACAGAUUUACCACCAGUUCUUCACGAGUGGUAUGUACAAUGCGACAGUUUUUUUACUGACAAUUAAUAAUUACGACAAAUAAAUUAUUUCCCU